AUGGGUCCGACAAAGAUUGCCGCUGUGGAAUCGGCAGACCAUACAACCACCGCCACUCACCAUUCCACACAGACGACGACGACGAUUUCACCCAGAGCGCGCACAUCAUCCAACCCUCUCUCGCUGCCCUCGGCGAUUCCCCCUCGCACUUCUAGCAACGCCAGCUCGCGGGCCUCACCCACUCAGGGGCAGCCGCCGCCACGGUCACAAUCGCCACCUCAGCCGCCCACCUCCACCCUGUCCUCCAUAGCCGUCUCGCCCAUGCCGUCGCCGCGCUCCCCGGGACUGCCUGAAAGCAGUAGCCAGCACGUCCACCACCACCGACGGCCUUCUGCUCUCAGCGCUGCGUCGCUCAAGUCGUCGUCUCCUACUCAUCCUUGUUCUCCUCCUCCGCGGCAGAGCGCCGCCAUGAUGCAGCACCAGCUCUCCCCCACGGCGCCCUCAGACCCUUCACGCUACGCCACUGAUAAUCUCAACUUUACGUCGCAGCGCUCCUGGACCGCCGACAAGGAGCGCAUCAUCCGCGGGCCCUUUGCUUACACCAUCAGCCACCCGGGCAAGGACAUUCGCUCGCAGCUGAUUGCCGCCUUUGACGCGUGGCUGCAAGUGCCGCCCGCGAGCCUCGACGUCAUCACCCGCGUCGUCGGCAUGCUGCACGAGGCGUCGCUGCUCGUCGACGACGUCCAGGACAGCUCGGAGCUGCGCCGCGGCUUCCCCGUCGCGCACCACAUCUUUGGCGUCGCGCAGACCAUCAACUCGGCCAACUACAUUUACUUUGCCGCGCUGCAGGAGCUGCUAACGCUCAACAACCAGCAGGCGCUGGCGACGUUUACCGAGGAGCUCGUCAACCUACAUCGCGGGCAGGGCAUGGAACUCUUUUGGCGCGACACGCUCACGUGUCCCUCUGAGGACGACUACCUCGAAAUGGUUGGCAACAAGACGGGCGGCCUCUUCCGCCUCGGUAUCAAGCUCAUGCAGGCCGAGUCGUCCGUCAGCCCGCCGCUCGACUGCGUGCCACUCGUCAACCUCAUCGGCCUCAUCUUCCAGAUCCGCGACGACUACAUCAACCUGAAAUCCGACGAGUACUCGCAGCACAAGGGCAUGUGCGAGGACCUAACCGAGGGCAAGUUUUCGUUCCCCGUCAUCCAUAGCAUUAGGGCCCGCCCAGACGACCUGCAGCUCGUCAACAUACUCAAGCAAAAGACGGCCGACAUCCAAGUCAAGCGCUAUGCCGUCGCCUACAUGGAAGGCACGGGCAGUUUCGCCUACACCCACAAGGUGCUCGCGACGCUAAUCGAGCGCGCCAAGAAGUUGACGCUGGAGCUGGACAAUGGCCGCGGCAAGCAAGCCGGCAUCUUGGCGAUUCUGGACAAGAUGGUGAUUAAUGAGUAA